AUGAUCAGCAUUAUUAAUAUUCCCAUUGUUCCAACUUUAAAUGAAUUAGAUUUUGAUGAAAGUUCAAACAUUUUAAAUUCAGAAAUAACUGAAAUAAAUAAUAUUUCAAAUGGUGGGCAUCGUAGUGCAAAAGAUAUUUUGAAAUAUAUUAUACCAGCUCUAGCUCUUAAUGGAGUAUUGGACGUAAAUGAUCCAAUAAUUCAUUUGAGAAUAUCAGGAGAUGGGCGCAACGUAGGAAGAAGACUUAAACAAGUGAUGAUCACCAUGACAAUUUUGAACGAUAUUCAAAAUAUUCAUAAACCUGACUACCAUUAUACCACAGUUCUUUUUCCUGGUAUAGAAAAUUAUGAGCUUUUAGAAAUUAUGAUGAUGCCCUUUAUCCAAGAAUUAGAUGAUCUUAAAAAUUAUGGCCUAAAAAUUGAUGAAAUUGUUUGGAAAUUUGAACUAUAUUUUAGUUCAGAUUGGAAAUUCCUAUCAAUUUGCCUUGGAUUUAAUGCAGCAAAUUCAAAUUUUUUUUGUCCUUGGUGUCAAAUAUCCAAACAUGGCCAAAAUAAUAACCAAACAAAUUGGAAAAUAAGCAAGGAGAUUGAAAAAAUUAAUGAAUACCCAGGUCAUAACAAAAGGCCUCUUUUUUACAUGAUUUCUUUAAAUAACUGGGUUCCAGAUGAGCUCCACAUCAUGCUUCGUAUUUGGGAUCGUCUUUGGAGUUUGGUCAUUUCAGAAUUGAAAGAAUCCAAUCAAUUUGAUGAUGUAUGUCGUAAAGAAAUUAUGCAGGAAAUGAGCCGAAUCAGUGUAAAUUUCCAAUUUUGGAAGGAACAUGGAGCUGAUGCAUGGAAUCACACGUCAUUAAUGGGUGAUGACAAAUUAAAAGUUUUAAAAAAUUUUAAUUUAGGUCGAAUUUUACCACCUACAAGAGCUAAAAAAAUUCGUGAAUUAUGGAAUAGGUUUAACCAAAUUUAUUUCAAUCUUAAAACAAAAGAUUACGAUGUACAACAAUUCCAAUUUGAAGUUGAAGAUUGGCUAGAAUUGUUCUUAACUCCAGAUAGAAUUAUUCCCAACUCAAAUCGUAUUGAAAAAGGAUUGUAUAGUCCAAGUUCAAUUACGCCAUAUAUUCAUGUUCUUGUUUGCCACAUAUCUGAGUUCAUGGAAAUACAUCAGAAAUGGGGAAUGAAAGCGUUCUCAUGUGCACCUGUUGAGAAAAAGAACCAUCAACAGGUCACUCAUUUUUUUCGACAAACUCUUAAAGGUGGUGGUAGUAAACACAAAUUGGUAAUAAGAGACAUUCUUGAAUAUGAAAAUAGGUCUCUUUUUUACCUAUUUAAUGAUAACACAAUUUCUUCAAAACCAAAGAAACUUCAUAUUGAAGAUUGA